GUUAGGGACGUCCCAAUGAUCCCAGAUAGCACUAACGCUGGAAAGUAUCGUUCCUAAACGAAAGUGUAAACUAGUCCGACUUAAUCUAACAGGUCUACAUGAGGAUUGACGACAACCGGGAUGUUCUUAGUUCAAAUCUAAGAUUCCAGGGUAGUGGACCUUCUUCCACUGAGAUGUUGAGGAUUGGAGAACCAUGGCUCAGUUUCAAAGCUUGAUAUGGAUACAGGGGACAUGGCCUUGCAAAAGCAAAUUAUUAUAUUUCCUCUUUGAAAAAAAUCAAUCUGAAUGAACCUAGCUAUCAUUUUGACACUUCUAACCAUUGAGCGCUCUAGUGCAUGUGGUAGAGCAGAGUACAGAACAGGUGUUGAAUGCUGUCCUAUGUGUUCUCCAGGAAACCGGGUACAUAAACACUGUACAGAAUUUACAAGUACUUCCUGUGCCCCCUGUACCGACUCCACUUUCCUUGAUGAACCCAAUGGUCUUACGGCAUGCAUACUGUGUACAAAUUGUGACCCAGGCUUUGGUUUGAUGGUAAAGCAGCCAUGUAGACCUUCAUCAGAUACGGUCUGUGGGACACUGGAGGGGUUCUACUGUCUAGACCCAACUAAGGAUGGUUGUAGAGCAGCCCAGAGACACAGCAGCUGUAAACCUGGCCAAUACAUCAGUCACACAGGAACAACAUCUACAGAUACUGUGUGUUCUGACUGUACUGGUGAUACCUAUUCAGAUGGAUCAUUUACAUCCUGCCAGCCACACACACAAUGUGAUACCUUGAAGCUUCAGCAAAUUAAACCUGGAACUCAUUGGUCUGACUCUGAAUGUGGACCACAGACCUCCCCUCCCAUAGCAAUAAUAUAUGCUGUGGUGGGGGUGGGGGUGGUGGUACUAGCUGUGAUAGCAGCAGUAGUGAUAGUAACUACUACAAGAAGAAAAAGAAAAGAUCCUAUACCUGAGACACAAAUCCCUACAGAGGUAUCAGACACAGAGGGAACAUCAAUGCUGUUUGUGGGAACAGAUUCAAGCCUCCAGGACAUACAUCAGAACAAACACAAAGGAGAUUUUGUAAGACACUGAACCUGGUCUUUGGAUACUGGUGCCAGAUACAUUGAGCAAUUGCCCUUGAACUGAGGAAAUCUACAGAUGAUUCCACAACAUCCCCAUGGACCUUAUGCAUCUGUUGAUGAUGUACUGUAGAUUCUGUUGACACAAACUGUGCAAAGGACAUACGAAUGAGAUUUCCUGGACACUGGUAUGGGGAAAAAAUGGGAUCCAUUUGUUGAGUGACCAUGGAUUUGUAUAAUCCCACAGAGGAAACAUCAAGAUGCAAUGGUGCAGUGUAUGUCCAGUGUCACCCAUUUUUUAAAUUUUGUUAAACUUUUAUUUAACUAGGCAAGUCAGUUAAGAACAAAUUCUUAUUUACAAUGACGGCCUACCCCGGACGAUGCUGGGCCAAUUGUGCACCGCCCUAUGGGACUCGCAAUCAUGGCCGGAUGGGAUACAGCCUGGAUUAGAACCAGGGGCUGUAGCGACUCCUCUUGCACUGAGAUGCAGUGCCUUAGAUCGCUGCACCACUCGGGAGCCCUGAUGCAUAGCAACGGGACAAAUGUUCUGUAAACAGUUCUAUUCUUACAAUCCUCCUAAAAUAUAUAUUUUAUUGUCACACUGGGAUACGUGCUGUGAAAUGUGUUGUUUUACAGGGUCAGCCAUAGGAGUACUCUGCCCCUGGAGUAAAUUAGGGUUAACUGCCUUGCUCAAGGACACAUCGACAGAUUUUUCACCUUGAUUGUAUAGUUAUUUAUAUUGUACAGUUCCUUUGUGUUUAAUGUGUAUGUUGUAGGUAUUGUAUUAUACGUUGCACAUUAUUCAUUGCAUUGAUAAUGUAUUGAUGUUUUUGAUUACAUGGGUUUACAGUCUAUUCUAUUGAUUCCUUUUGAUUUUCUGUAAGUCAUGGGUUGUGAUUGUUUCACCACCAUCAGUGCUCAACCUAUUGUUGCUGUAAGUGUAUUGCUGGUGACUAAUCUAAUGUCCCCUCUUGGGAUUAAUAAGUAGAGGAUCUGCAAUAAAAUGAAUACAAUUAGGCCA